UAUAAAUCUGCAACUGAACUUCCUGGUUUGUCAAGCUUGAAAACAACCUCAACUGUUCUCCCUGGUCAAGUUACCUUUCAGUUGGAUCGCUCUCAUUCACAAGGCAACAUGUCCCAUGCCAUCGGCUUCUUUACUCUCCUGUUGUCGCUUUCAAGAGCAGAUUAUUAUGGCCAGUAUUUGGCUCGCUGCCAGUUUAGUUCCUAUGAUGGCCAUGAUGCCGUGUACCUGGAGCAGGCCUCCUUCAACAAGGUGAUGGCAAUCCAGUACAACAGCACUGUGGGAGCAGUGACUGGCUUUACGAAGCAAGGAAAACAAUUUGCAGAUAUCCUCAACAAAGAUCCAAGAUUUAUGUCACAUCAAAUCUGGAAAACAAAUCUUUGCAAAAAAAAUAUUCCAUUGAUUUAUAGCCUUCUAACAUCAGUUGAACCCUCCAUUUGGCUGAGAUCAGUUGAGGCAGCGGACAGCAAACAUCCAGGUAUGCUUCUCUGCAGCGUGUACAACUUUUAUCCUAAACAAAUCAAAGUGACUUGGCUGAGGAAUGGAAAGGAAGCAACAUCUGAUGUGACUUCAACUGAGGAACUGCCCAAUGGGAAUUGGCUCUACCAGAUCCACUCCUAUCUGGAGUUUACACCCACACCAGGAGAGAAAAUCACCUGUAUGGUUCAGCAUGUGAGCCUCAAGGAACCCAAGCUUUAUGACUGGGAGCCCAAGUCUGACCCAGGGAUGGUUAAGAUCACUGUUGGGGCAGCGGGGAUGCUUUUUGGUCUGGUCUUUAUAGUUGCUGGGCUUAUUUAUUACAAGAAAUCUUCUGCACUUGUUUUGGUGCCAACAACUGAGGUGUUUUAUCCAGAGCACACACUUUAAGAAGAAAAAUCAGCUUUAUUGGUGGUAUAUAUAAUUUUACGUACACUGAAUUUUUCCUCUACAUUUAACCCAUCGUUGGUUGAACACACAUUGCAACGCCCACAUGCAGUGAACACACACUCAGGAGCAGUGGGCUGCCGCUAUCAGGCGCCCAGGGAGCAAAUUGGGGGUUAAGUGUAUGUUCAUCAUUUAUGGCUAUAGAUUUCAGUACCGCUAUUUCCUCCUAUAGACCUCUAAUGUUGUAGCCUGUAUUAAUAUUUUGCUCUUCUCCAAUGAGUUGUUUGAACUCAAUGACAAACUCACAGAGAAAUUAUUACACACCUUCAGCAACGGUCAGCAGCUCUGUGAGCAUAGAUAGAUAGAUAGCAUAGAUUAGGAAAAUGCCAGUUUCAAAUAUAUGACUCCCAGUCGCCAUUAAAACUGUAUAAAUAAUUUUAUUAAGCACUCUAGAAAAAUAAAACUGGUCACAUAUUGGUCUCAUAUCAUAUUAGUUGUUUACAGUGUUUUGAUUACUGUAACAUAAUUGAAAUUCUGUCUUCAAUCUAUGAAAUAAAAUUGAUAUAUUUUCUUA